AUGGCCCGUAAAAGGAUUCGAUUAGGCCUAAAUGAUCUCCCAGAUAGUUUGUUGAUCUUCAUUCUCAGUAAAAUUUCCUUUAAACAAGCGGUGCGUUGUUCUGUGCUUUCCAAAAGAUGGAAAUUCUUUUGGACUGUCUUGCCCAAUCUGAAAUUUUCAACAGGAGAUUUCUCUGCUUCCUCGUGCAGCCGUGCUGUGGAUAAUAUUUUUAAGCUCCAUUCGGGUCUCCUUGAACGUUUUGAAUUUAACAAAUCCUCCUGUACAAGGAGGUCACGUGACAAGAUUUGUGAGUGGAUUAGCUAUGCUGCUCUGAAAGAUGUGAGAGAGUUGAGUAUCGAAGAGAGCACCUCACGUCCUUAUGAGGUCCCCAUCUCCAUUUUCUUAUGCCAGAGUCUCAGAUUUUUGGCUCUUAGUAAUUUCCUUCUCACAAACAUGCCCGACUCUUUUGCUGGCUUCGCUGGUUUGGCAACACUCAAUUUGUACAAUGUCGAGGUAAGGGGCAAGACCAUUGAACUGAUGUUGCAAUUAUGUCCAGUCCUAGAAAUUUUAAUCCUCUGUAAGUGCAAGGGACUUCAUAGAUUACAGAUAUAUUCUGAUAGUCUUAUUUUUCUCAAUCUAUCAUCUGAAAUUGCUGGAAUAAAAGCAAAUUGUCCACGCUUGGAGACCCUUAUAUUGUCAAAAAAAAUGUGGGGUAGCACGGUUGAAGCGGAAUUUUACUUGCCAUCAUGUCUAAGUCUAUGUACAUACGUUGCACAGCUUAAAAGGAUUACAACUCUAAAGUCAGUAAGAAAUAUUACCUUGUUGGACUUGAUUCGUAAGUAUGAAGUAAAGAUUCUAAGAGAGUUUCCUGAUUUAGAACAGUUGUGCUUUGACACAGCUGGUUGUUCUUCAUCGGAUUUCUCGUAUUGGGAGUACCUGAACUCAUUCUCGAAAUUCUCAGCAACUUUUUCACUGGAAAAUCUAAAGAGGGUUCAUCUCAAUAUGACCAUAUUUUAUGACCCUACACCUCUACUUACGUGUCUUCUUCCUCGUGCUCCUGCCAUGAAAACUUUAUUAGUUUCCCGGAAGAAAGGAUUCAAAAGCAUUAAAGCCCGUCAAUUUCUCAACAGGUUGGGGAAUUUUCAGCGAGAAUAUACAGAAAUCGAAAUUCUCUUGUCACGGAAUACUUUGAAGGAAGGGAGAUGCCUCAGCUGCGAGUUUUAA